AUGCGUGUGUUCUUCCUCGGUGGCUUCGAAACUUUCUAUUUCACCAUAUACUUUCGCCUUUAUGAGCUCGCUAGAGAUACAGAUAUCCAGAGGAAAUUACAAGCAAAAAUUGACAACGUGAUUAAAAAGAGAAAAGGUGAUGUGACGUAUGAAGAUACAAUGACCGAGGUACCGUGCUUGGAACAGGUAGUGAAUGAGACAAGUAAGACGCUGACGACCAAGGAGGUGGCAGCACAGGCGUGGGUGUUCUUUCUCGCAGGGUUCGAAACAUCCUCCACCACCGUAAGCUUCUGUCUGUAUGAGCUCGCUAGACAUCCAGAUAUCCAGAAGAAGGUGCAAGAAGAAAUUGACGACGCACUGAAAAAGAACAACGGUGAUGUGACGUACGACAUUAUAAUGACCCAGAUGCCGUACUUGGAAAAGGUGGUGAAUGAAACCCUUCGUAUGUAUCCACCCGCUACAGUUUUGAAUCGCGAGGUGGUGCAGGAUUACAAGCUUCCAGGAUACGACUGUGUCUUGGAGAAAGGAACUAAGGUGUUCAUUCCAGUCCUGGGACUUCAUCAUGAUAGGAAAUUUUUUCGAACCCCCGAGAAAUUCGAUCCGGAGCACUUCUCUGAGGAGCAGAAGGCAUCCAGGCAUCCCUACUGCUAUCUACCCUUUGGUGAAGGGCCUCGCCUCUGCAUUGGGAUGCGUUUUGGACUGAUGCAGGUGAAGUUGGCGCUGGUUCAUCUACUGCCAAAAUUUGACUUGCUGCCAGUUGGAGACAACCAGUCGAAACUACGUAUAGCUCCAAACAACUUCGUGCUGACAGCAAUCGUGGGAAUCGAGUUGAGGGUGGAGCAUCGACGAAUUUCUGUGAGGUGA